AUGGCCACUUGCUUCACCAUUCCCGCCAUUUUCAACUACCUCACUCCCUCCAAACCCCCGAAACUUAACCCAACCUUUUCCAUUCCCAGAUCCCACAAAUCCCAAUCCUCUGUCAUCACCCGCUCGUCCCUCACAGAUCAAUUUCUCUCAGCCAAACAACGGCUCCUCGACCUCAUUUCCGAUCAAGACCGUGGCCUCAAAACACAGAACGACCCCCAAAAGCUAUCCCAAAUCGUCGAAGCCAUAGAGGCCAUGGCGGUUCUGGGUAGUGAUACAGUCACUACCGGUGAUUUGCUAUCGGCUACUUGGAGGUUGCUGUGGACUACAGAGAAAGAACAACUAUUCAUCAUAAGAAAUGCUUCUCUGUUCGGAACACAAGCCGGGGAUGUUUUACAGGUCAUAGAUGUUGAGAAAUGUUCUCUGAACAAUGUAAUUACUUUUCCUCCAGAUGGGGUGUUCUUUGUCCGGUCCGGUAUUGAAAUUGCAUCACGACAGAGAGUGAACUUUAGUUUUACAAGUGCAGUUCUACGAGGAAAGGAUUGGGAGCUUCCGUUGCCACCAUUUGGGCAGGGGUGGUUUGAGUCUGUGUAUCUUGACGACGAGAUUCGGGUUGUGAAAGAUAUUAGGGGAGAUUAUCUAGUUGUUGAUCGUGCUCCAUAUUCUUGGAAGGAAUGA